AAACAGUCGAGAGCAGGUAAUCAAACAGAGUGGGUCACGGUACGGACUAUUGUGGUACUUACUAUCAUUAUUGGUAUAUACACAUUUGUAUAUAUGUUUGGCAGCUAGGUAGUGUAUUGUGUUUUACUAGUCGGUUGUGCGCUUUUGUGUGUUUUAAACACAAAUAGAAGAGCAAAUAUUCAAAUGAAGUUUUCGUGAACUUGUUUUAAUGCUCGUAUAUUUUUCUCUGCUUGUCAAAUAACAGAGACUGAAACAUUGUUUUGGAGACUUUGAGUACUCAGCAAAAGCGAAGCGAAUUUCCAACAGAUAUAAAAUUUAAGUUAAAUCUUAUAUUGGAUACACAUUUUGAAUGCACGUAAAGCUGAGACGUUAAAAGUUUAUAAUCACGACAAGAGACUCUAUAAAGCGCCUGCUCAACAGAAAAGUUAUCGAAAAUGGGCUGGUCGCCUCUGCUCUGGUGCUUGCUGCUAGCAUUGAGCACAACAGUUCUACUCAAUGACGUUCUAGCUCAAUCGAAUUAUGUACAGCAAGGUGAUAGCGGGAACUACACAACAAAUGGAUUGCCUGAGGAAGCCACAUUGGAUGGAAAGGUUACCAAGUUAGAUGAUAUUAGUCCAUUGAUAUUUUUAAACCGCACGAAAGCAGCGCUUAAUUGUGCCGCUGGCUCGAUGCAAGUCGACAUGAAAUUCAAUGAACCAUUCCACGGCAUCAUUCAAGCAGAUUAUGAUCGUAGCAGCGCUUGCCGCGUGAAUGGCAAAGGUGCCCUAAGUUACAGACUGGAAUUGCCGCUCAAAGGAUGUGGUACUAUACAGAAUCCUACUCGCGUUUUUACAAACAAUAUAAUUGUGCGUUUUCAUGCAAAUUUGGAAAUGGACGGCGAUGAGAUUAUUACAAUUGUAUGUCGUUACCCACCGCCCAUACCUUCACUGCCACCAGCUCUACCAGCCUCUAUCGUGAACCCAAUCGCCACUGGUUCAGUUUUGCAGCCACCUCUUAAGGGUAUACAGCUCCUUUUAAUAAUUUGCGCCAUCAUGUUCCUUUCAUUACUGUUACUUGGCUUGGCUGUUUCAUACUAUUGUCUACGUAGUCGCCCAAUACCGGUAGUACGGCGUCUUCCUAUGUCCAUGGGAAGCGGUUCAGAAAUCACCAAGCUAAGCGGUAGUAGUAUGGGUAAUAUCAGCGCAUUCGAAGGUGUUAAGAUACCUCGCGCCAUGGUGCCAUUGGCGGCUGUACAUAGUUCAUCGGGUAGCGAGGGUGCACUUAUACCUUCGGACUAUCCCAGCGAGUCACAUUCCGAAAUCGAAGAAAUCGAUACGAGAUCACUGCCAUUUAGCUCAGCGGGUAGCUUUGAAAAUCGUGCAUUUGUUCAAGAGACUUCCAGCAUUUAUAGCGAUCACUAUGGACACACUCAAGAAGUACAAGCUGCUAAUGCAUUAGCUACUUCAGUUCCUCGUCAUCCUAUUGCCGUUAAAGAAUCUUCAUCACCGAAAUUCGAUGUACAAGUCCGCGUCAAGAAAUCGCCGCCACCACCACCUUCACCCGUUACCUCAGACACUGAAAGUGUCGCAACACUUCGCCCAGAUCGUAAUAAUCUAUCAACUAUUAUGGAGACACAUGAAGACCGUGAAAGUAUUAUGACUUUGGAUUCAAUGCCACCGCCAGAGGAGACAGUACAUACUCAGUUCACAUAUGUUCCUGAAUUACAUCCAGCACCCAAACAUACUGCGUCAUCAUCACCAUUACCACCACCAGAGCCUGUAUUCUCUGUAUAUGCACGCACCCAUCAUGAAAUGGUCGACGGACGUCCAGAAACCUGGUCAGAUUUUACUGAUGCACCAACUGUUAGUGAAGUCACCGACAUGAUUUCUGAGGCACCGGACAUGCACUCGGUUGGCGAAAUGGUCGACAGUACUCACUUCUUCGAGGCAGAGUACCUUCCACCAGAGCCACCAAUUGUUGUGAAAAAACCACAAGUCACAUCACAUACUGUAGAUGACGUAUAUUUGCGUACUAUUACCGAGAAAAAGACAAUUGAAGACAUUGAGAGCCAUAAGCGACGUGUUACCGAAUACAAGGCAAAACCAAAGCCUUUGCCACCACCUAUUCCGGAUCCAACUUGGGAUGUGAAGAUACGCAAUUAUCCCACAGAACGUGAACAGCAAAGAUGGGAGAACUUCUCAGACAUCUCAAGUGCAUCUGGCAUGACUCUCACACCUAAGAUGGAACGCUCCGAAUUAAGCUUGCCAAUAAUACCUAAGGAACCACCACAACAAAUCUAUGACAACAAAGAAAAGCUGACCAGUCCACAGUUGGUGGGCAAUAUAAAACCCAUUGAAAUGCCACCAGAAGAUAAGGCUGUGCGUAACUGGGGUGUACUCAUACGUAUCUUAGAGGAACCUGAAUUCUCCGAAGCCGAUGAUGCCAGUUCCGUGCACUCCAGUGUUCAUCCACUCACUCGUUACAUCAGCUACGACGACAAAGCCAAAUGGAAAGAAAUCAUAACUACAGAAUCAUCAUUGCGCACAAUGCUAACAGAAGCUGUGGUGCGUGAAGAUUUCGAACGAAUUCGCCAAGAUACCCGUUAUGAACGUAUCUUUGAGCCCCAGACUUGGGAUGUUAUCAUACGUAUAUUAGCGCCACCCGCUGAUGAUGAUACGGAUGUGGAAAUGCGCGCACCAAAACGCUCAAAGAAAACCCAACCAUGGGAUACGCGCUCGAGACGCAGCUCCUUGCCAACAUUGUAUGAGUACGACAGUGAUGGUGGUUCCUCGGUGCGGACUAUACGUCAAGACCCAAAUAUGCCAUUGCGUGAUAACAGUUUUAACAUGCAACGCUCACGUCGCUCAUCGCGCACUUCGUAUCAUACCGAUCAAAAUGAUUUCCGUUCUAUGUCCGAAGUAACGGUCGACUUCGGAAGACCCGACCACUUAGACAACGUUUCGGAUGCAAGUUCUUUCUAUCCAAUGCAAUACUACGACGAUGAAGAUAGACGAUCUUUUCAUCGAUCGGUUAGUCAUCCAUCGUUAGCGCGUUCGGCUAGUGAAUUUACCGAGCACUGGGCUGCACCGGAUGAGCUUUCAUCACCAGAAGCCACGCCAAAAUCACGCCGAUCACAGCGUAUGACAACUUUCCAGCAGCAUAUUCCGGCCCCACCGCCACCACCACGUUCUGGCCAAAUUGUGGCGCAGACCCAGAGCCAAUAUGUAGAAUCACGCCGCAGCACAACAUUCCACACCGAAAACGAAGCACCACGAUCACGUGACUGGUAAACGUGAUACUAUAUAUGUAUGUAUGUACGUGCAUACAUAUAACCACGCACAUGCGUCAAAAGUCAAGGGUGUUCAGUUCGCAGUUAGUGAGUUCGUACGCGUAAGAUAACAGAAGGGUGGAAAUAUAUUACAAAAAUCACUGCUUUCAGUAAAAGUCAUUGCCACUCUAUACCAUGUGUAUAAUAAAUAAUAAGCUCGUAUUGCAUGUAUGAAUAUAUGUGACGGUUGUCCUAUAUGCGAUAUACAUAAAUUAACAAGUAUUGAGCUCUAUAGGGCUGCAAAUUUAUAAAUAUAUGCAUAUGGUGUAAUAGGAAUACAUAACACAAGUGCCAAUUUAAAUAAAUCCUCCUGCAGCCACUGCAUAAUUAAAUUAAAAAUAUUUAAACAAUAUUGAUGACGCAUAAGGGCGAAUAAAACAUGUGUACAUGUACUCAUAACUUUAUUAAAAAUGUGUAUAAAACUAAUUGAACCAAUAAUUGGUUAUUACCAAUUAAAUUGAAUUAUGAAUUUAUGCAUUAAAUGUUAAAUUUAAACGAAAUGGAUAGCUAUAUAACUAUGGAUGGCUAAACAAUUUAUUAAUUAGAAAAACGAAACUGUUUGUGUAAGUCCAAUUUAGGUAGAAAUGUAUUUUCCAUGUUUAGUAUUCAACACUUUUGGUAAAGCACAUCGGCCUCUCUAAACCCACCGUGUAAAUCACACUAAGUGAUACUUACAGCAGCUACAGCAAUAAAACACAUGCAUAUUUAUCUACAUGUAUACAUACACAUAUACUAAAAGCUGUCCAAAUGCCAACGCAUCCUAAUAGGGCUCAUCAGAAUUCUAUUUAGUGUGCAAAUCAGUCUCAUAUAAAACUUUGCACCCCACCCACAUAACUCUCAAACGAACUGAAGAGUGCUGACCACAAACAGUUCGUAAAUGGCCGCACAUUUACACAGCCACAUAACUUUCGGCUUAGUGGACAGACAAGAUACACAAAUUACCAAGUGUAAAUACAUAUAUAGUGCAAAGCUACAAAGUUUAGAAAAUCAUCAAAACGCACUGGUUCAAUCAACAGCCGCAAACACAACCACUUUGGUAAAAACAAAUAAAAGUUUCUUUGAAUUUUUCAAUUCAGUACAAAUUAUUUUUACAUCAAGGGAAGUACUAAGCAAAUAUACAUACAUAUAACAUAAUGGAAAAUAAAUCUGCAUGCAGUCCAACGUAUUUCUAAUGCUUGUAAUCGCAAAUAGGAUAGUAAAUUAAUAUGCUUAAAAUAUAUAAACAAAAAUAUAUAUUUACGCAUGUACUUACAUAGAGUGAUCCAUUUUGUAUGGUAUCUAUGGCUAAAAAUGUACACUAGAUUCCAUAUCAAUCGCACCCACUAGUUAGCACUGUUUCUCCGUAUACCGCUCCCAAUUUCCAUAUGGGAUAAAGCAGCCGUUAAAAUAAAUGUGCAUUAUAUGUAGAUAGAAUAAAUGGUUUCUAACCGCUUUAUGGUGUUUUGAUUUCAUACUCUAGGUGAACAAAAUUUAAAUCGACUGCACUAUUUUUUUUUUCGAAUUCGAAAUCAAAUUUAAAAAAUCUAUACAGACGUUUUCAAUGCGAGUUAAAAAGUUAAAAUAGUUUAUUUAAUAUAUGAACUCUAAAUAAAUAUUAAUAAUUUUGAUAGAAAUUGCUUUGACGAGUUCUUCUACCAAAUGCGUGAUUACGAUUUAUUAAAGCUAGAAUUUGAAUAUUAAAUAUAUCACAUUUCGCUAAAAUUUAUUUACUAUGAGUGGGUUAUAAUAAUUGUUUGUUUUGAAAACUGAUGUUUCGUAAACGUUUGAGAUUUAGUGCAACGAUCUCGAUACAACACAUAAAGUUCCCAUUACAAUAACAUAACAUCUGAUGCAUCUGAUAAAAUUGUUUAAAAAAGACUAACAAAUUUGAUUGAAAGAUUUUCCAACAAUUUGUUCUCCACUUUCUGCAUUCAGCCCACUGUGCAGCCUGUGGGAAAAUACCUAACUGUGCCCGCUUACUAUUCAUAGGUGUUACUAUAUCUACGACAUGCGAUUAGCACGUGUUUUCUUGCAACACAAACAAAUAACUUUUUGGGUGAUACCCUUUUUUAGAUAUGGAGCACGCUUUUAACGCUACCAAAACCUCAUACAUCAUAAUUGCGGCGACGGUUCAUAGGCAAUGGUGUUAUGAUUUACAUUACUUUGAUGCCAAGCAGCUAAAGCAACCGUUAUUUUGUUUAGUUAUAUAAUAUAAGCUUUUGCUUUUGUCUAGCGAUAGUGGCCACCAGAAGAUAUUAGUGUUUAUAUGAAUAAUUAAAUAGUACGACC